GAAAAGGAAAUGGGAUCUAGAAGCUCAACCUUGCGAGCAGUUCCAGCUUCUGCGGCAGAUUCCUUCUCUUACGAAGGCACAGUGUAGGCAGAUCCUCUCCGUGGUUCGAGAGGAUGGCAAAGGAAGCCGCUCAAUGUCUAGACAGUCUGAAGUCUACAAGGACGUGCUGCCUGCUUUUCGACAACUGCGGUUGCAAGGCAAGCAAGCCGGAGAAGUCUCACUGCCUUACCUGCACCUGCCUACUAUAUUGGACGUGAAGGCUGCAAAGUGCCCUUGCUUCCAGAGAGCCCUAGAGUCUGCUGCUCAGCAGAACAAUCUCACCAUGAUCUUCUACAGCGACGAAUGCACACCUGGUAAUGUUCUAGCUCCGGACACGACCCGAAAGUCUUGCAUGGUCUAUGUAAGCUUCCUGGGCUUGCCAACGCAUUCGGAAUCUGCUUGGAUCACACUCUCGGUGAUUCGAUCCAGUGCCUACCGGCCAUGCUUCAAGUGUGCCAAUGUGGUAAGUUUAGGCGGUGCAAGACCGGCGGGCUUCGUGGAUAUUGCCAACUCAAACACGGCCUGCCUGCAGUCGCUCUCACACACGAACCUUCUCGACAUUCGCCAGCAGCUGGUUAGUUUGAGCUCGACGACCACGAAGCUGCAGGAAGCUGAAAAACUUCUGGGUUGGAAGUUGGAGGAGCUCAGCAGUUCUUUCCUCACUUCGCCUGCUCUGUCUGGGUGGGCAGAACUCGAGGACUGCGCUGUUGAUGCCAUGCAUGCCUAUUGGAGCAACGGUGUCGUGGCACAAGAGCUAGGCCUCUGGUUUACUGCUCUCCUUGACAACUGCGACCUCAACCUUGGACAUGUCCAGACCUACUUGAAAACAGGUUGGAAUGCAUGCCCUGCAUCUGGCUUGUUCAUGUCCGAGAUCCUGGCUUGGUUUUCCCACAACCUCUGGCGAAAAAAUCAUGACUUUCGGGGUGACGCACGGGCUUGCCUAACAGUCUUACCCAUCUGUGUGCAGUUUGGAGAAGAAAUCCUCCGAGGGAACGUCUUUUCUAUGGACGCUGCCUUGGAUUCGCUCAAGGCCUUGAAUCGUGUGUGCCUCUGCAUCUUGCGAUCCAAAACAGAUGUGUCUCACAGCAAGAAUUUACUCUUGCUGCAAACCGACCACAUGCGGAAGUUCGAUGUUGCACACGGGCGGCAACACCGUCCCAAGAUUCACUUUGGCCUCCAUAUCCGCGAGCAAUGCCUCAGAUGGCGGAGCCUCAUAGACUGCUUCACUUGCGAAAGGAAGCACAGACGCUUCAAGCACGUGGCAUGCAAUGUGACUGGCAGGGCUUUCGCCAAGUCCUGUCUGCUUGAGAUGGCCACGGGCGAUGCAGCUGCGAACCCACGCUAG